AUGGCUGGCCUCUUUCGCAAGGUGUACGACUGGUUGCUCAGGACUUUCUGGGCAACCGAGAUGGAUGUCACCAUGAUCGGACUCCAGAACGCAGGCAAGACCUCCCUGCUGAGGGUGUUAUCGGGUGGAGAAUUCACCAUCGACUCCAUCCCCACCGUCGGCUUUAACAUGAAGAAGGUGCAGCAGGGACAUGUGACCCUGAAGUGUUGGGACCUGGGCGGUCAGCCUCGAUUUCGAACGAUGUGGGAGAGAUACUGCCGUGGAGUCAAUGCGAUCGUCUUCAUAAUUGAUAUUGCAGACGUGGACGUGAUCCCGCAGGCGCGUGAGGAGCUCCACUCGCUGAUGAGCAGCCCGACGCUGGAGGGCAUCCCCCUCUUGGUCCUGGGCAACAAGUCGGACCUGCCAAAUAAGCUGUCGGUAGAUGAGCUGAUCGAUUCCAUGGACCUCAAGAGCAUAGACCACCGCGAGGUGUCGUGCUAUGGCAUCAGCGCCAAGGAGGAGACCAACUUGGACGCAGUCCUCCAGUGGCUAGUCAAGUUUGCCAACAACAGGUAG